AUGGGUGAUCAUUUACCUGCUUGUGUUAUCGAUGUCGGAACUGGCUACACUAAACUGGGCUUCGCCGGCAACAAGGAACCACAGUUUAUCAUUCCGUCAGCCAUAGCGAUAAAAGAAACUGCAAAAGUUGGUGAUCAAUCUACACGUCGUAUGACUAAGGCCGUAGAGGAUCUUGACUUCUUCAUUGGCGAUGAAGCGUUCGACGCCACCGGUUAUUCUGUAAAAUAUCCCGUUCGCCACGGUCUCGUCGAGGAUUGGGAUUUAAUGGAACGGUAUAUAGAACAAUGUAUCUUCAAAUACUUAAGAGCGGAACCGGAAGAUCAUCAUUUUCUACUUACUGAACCACCACUGAACACUCCAGAGAAUAGGGAAUAUUUAGCUGAGAUUAUGUUUGAGUCAUUCAAUGUACCAGGUCUCUACAUAGCUGUGCAAGCCGUACUGGCGCUCGCAGCCUCUUGGAAAUCGCGAUCAACUGCCGAACGUACUUUUACCGGUAUUGUAGUUGACAGUGGAGAUGGUGUAACCCACAUUGUACCUGUUGCUGAAGGAUAUGUCAUUGGAUCUUGCAUAAAGCACAUACCAAUUGCAGGUAGAAAUAUUACCUCAUUUAUUCAGUCUUUACUGAGAGAAAGAGAAGUUGGUAUUCCUCCAGAACAGAGUCUGGAAACAGCGAAAGCAAUAAAAGAAAGAUACAGCUACAUUUGCCCAGAUAUAGCCAAAGAGUUUGCUAAGUAUGAUGCAGACCCUGCUAAAUGGAUGAAAAAAUACACAGGGAUUAAUGCUAUCACUAAGAACCCAUUCUCAGUUGAUGUUGGUUAUGAGAGGUUCUUGGGACCUGAAAUAUUUUUCCAUCCUGAGUUCUCUAAUGCUGAUUUCACUGUGCCUCUCAAUGAAAUGGUAGAUGAAGUCAUACAAUCUUGUCCUAUUGAUGUUCGGAGAGGGUUAUAUGGAAACAUUGUAUUAUCUGGUGGUUCAACUAUGUUCCGUGACUUUGGGAGGAGACUCCAACGUGAUAUCAAGAGAACUGUAGAUGCAAGACUGAAGCUCUCUACUACUUUAUCUGAGGGCCGCAUCAUUCCUAAACCCGUAGAUGUUCAAGUGAUUUCACAUAAUAUGCAACGGUAUGCAGUUUGGUUUGGGGGCAGUAUGUUGGGCUCCACACCAGAAUUCUACCAAGUUUGCCACACUAAGCAAGCAUAUAUGGAGUAUGGUCCAAGCAUUUGCAGACACAACCCUGUGUUCGGCACUAUGACAUAG